UUCGAAAGGGCGGAGUUCCUCGAUUGGCCUUCUUCUUUCCUCCUUCCUUUCCAAUUCGGAGCUCUUCUUUUAUUUAUUCCCUCAUUUAUUUCAAUUCCGCUUCCCAAUCGCUCAAAUCCAUCUCUCACUCUCUCAAUAAAAAUAAAAAAAGAAAAAAAUUUAUUUACAAAAAUAUGUAUUUCCAGCGACUUUUCCCCACAUCGCCGGUCAAAAACCCUUCUUCCCCUCCUUCAAAUCGCUCAACAGCGCCAACAUCUGCCCCGACAAUAAAUCAUAAUUCAAUGUCACCAGAUCCAUUACCAUCUGUUGGAGGAACAUCUACUUGUGAAACACAUGUAGAUGUUGAUGCUUUAAUUGAGGAAUAUGUUUGGCAACGAUUUAAAGAUUUGUUGACUAUUAAAGGAUCUGGACUAGAAUCGUUCAAAAAUCUUGAAUUGGCAGAUGCUGAUUUUGAAAUUAACAGAAAAAAGCUCAUACUUGUUCAUGCUCAGCCAAAUUAUAAUAAUAUUCAACUGACUGGCACUCGUCCCAAUACUAUAUUCAAAUCAUUAUUUACAAACAAUACAAGCCAAACACAAACUUAUUCGUUAAAAACUGAAAGAACAUCAGAAUCAAUUUGUGGGGUAGCUAGAGAGCAAGGAUUUACUUUUGGGGCUGAAGCAGAAUUGUCUUUAAAAAUACCUGGGGAAAUUGCAGAAUUAAAGACUGGAUUUAAACAUGAAGUUCAUUUUAACAAAUUGACAGAAAAUAUUAAAUCUGAAACUCUUACUUGGGCUGUGGACAACAACAUCCAAGUCCCAGCUGGCGGCCAAACAGAAGCAUCUAUUGUUAUUGAAGAAAUGAGUUAUAGAGGGGCAUAUUCUGUCAGUUCAUCUCUUUCUGGCGUUGUAACAGUUAAUAUUCGUCGAUUACGUGAUGGACAAUUAGUUUUGCCGUUUACAGCAAAUAUAGCUACAAUUCUAAGCCAUUAUGUACAAAGAAAUGAUCCGAGAUUGAAAAGAGGGGUUGUUUUUAUGGAGGAUAAGGGAAAAGUUGUUACGUUGAAAAGCAAAGGAAGUUGUCAUUUUCAGUUUGCAAUGAAACAAUAUGUUGAAUUAACUGAACUUACUGGUUACCAACGUCGGGAUACCGUGAAAGAAAUGUCACGGCUAAAUAUACUUCCAAAUUAA